CCGGAGAGCGAAAGCAACGGCGUCUCUAUGGUUUCAACCCGCGGUGCGGGAGGGGUUUACAACGCACGAAAGACUAGGUGCCCUGCAUCCGGCAGCCGCGGUGCAUUGUGGUAAGAAGCGUCGUGGGGAGUUUGUGCUUCGCGCCUGAGCCGAGCGGAACGAGUCGCCAUGUCUCAUACAAUUCUGCUUGUUCAGCCUACCAAACGGCCUGAAGGCAGGACUUACGCAGAUUAUGAAUCUGUAAAUGAAUGUAUGGAAGGAGUCUGUAAAAUGUAUGAAGAACACCUGAAGAGAAUGAAUCCUAAUAGCCCUUCCAUUACAUAUGAUAUUAGCCAGUUAUUUGAUUUCAUCGAUGAUUUGGCUGACCUUAGCUGCCUUGUCUAUCGUGCUGAUACUCAGACAUACCAGCCGUACAAUAAAGAUUGGAUAAAGGAGAAGAUCUAUGUUCUUCUCCGCAGACAAGCUCAGCAAGCAAGCAAAUAAUGGGGCACUGAGGGAGGGUGUGAACAUCAGGUGUGUACAGCAUUCUGUAGUGAAAGUCUUGUAUUGUAGUCCACUGUUCAUUCUUAUAAACCUAUGACUAGGACUGAGUCAGUUAGAACUGUAAGAGACUUGUUCAAUUCCAGAAGAAAACGUCUUUUACAGAAGUUUAAUUUUUAAUUUUUCACGUUUCUUAGUUUAUUUUGUUCAAGGUCCUAAAGAUUAUUCACAUCUCCUUUGCCACCGUUGCUAUAUGUACUCCUCAGAGAAGGGGAGAUCAGUAGUAUUACUUGGAGGCAGUGAAAAAUCAUAGUGAAAAAUAAAAUAAAUGCUCUUUAGUUAAAUAUAUUGAGUGGUGAUUUUAUAAGCUGGGUAUUCUUAAAAGAAAAAACACCUUUUAAUAUAUUUUCCAGUUCAUACUGAGUUCACGCAUUAAGCCAGGUUGGGUGUAACUAUAAUUUAUUGAACAGAUUUACACAACAUAUUAAAGUAUAAACCAGGAAUGAGCAAUCUCACUUCUCAGCAUCUGCGCUGGCAAAUUUUGGUGAUAAAAUUGUCACAUUUUGGAUUCCCCCCCCCCCCUUUAAUAAUUGGGAUUAAAAUGGUUGCAGCUUUUGGAUUCCAUUUCUGCUGUUGCCCCUCUAAACCAAUCCAGAAUUCAUAUUUUUGGAGUUGAUUGUACAUAAGCUUGGCAGUUUGGUAGGAUUUAAAGAUGGAAAUAGCAUAUUUAUGGGAAUUGUAAUGUUUCCGUUUUAUCUUGCACUAGGGCUACCAGAUUAUUAUUUAUUAAAUUUAUAUGCUGCUCGUCUUGUGGUUCAUGAUGACUGAGCAGCUUAUAGUGUAAAAAACAGAAAAAUAAUAAAAACAGAUUAAAAUGACAAAAGAUUUUAAAAGAUGUAGAUGCCAUGUCGUAGCUAUCUGAAGGCUUGCAGUCCAGAUCUGCUGUUGUAGAUUAAAUUCCCCCAAAAUGGUUCAGGGAAUAAAGGUGGUUUUAGAGGCAAGAAUGGAAGAAGAAAGAAUUUCAGUCUUAAAAUAUGAAGAAAAACCAGAAUAUUUUGGUCUUGCUAUUUUGAGUGGAUGGGUUCCAGUGGCCUCUACCCUGCCCCUUAGACUUUGCCCAUUCUAAACAGAAUCAAAGGUUUAUCCAUUGAGAUAAGCAAAAAUAAGAAAAAACUACAUAUUUAUUGAGCACAAGUGAUAAGAUUGUUUUCUGUAUUACAUUUAGCAUGACAAAUGUAAAGUAUUGUGAAUGGGAUUCACAGUUGCUUAUCCAUUCAAAGGAUCUAAGGACAGCAGAUACUGCUGCUUGUGAAGAACAGUGUUAUUGUUUAUGAAGAUAUUUGGCUGGUUCCCUGUGCCCCCUCACUGUUGCCUCUAUGUGCAGCUAGUUAACCCCACCCACCACCCCUAUGUUGCACCCUGGGUAGUGCACAAGCAUGAACUAAACGAACUAGCAUCUUAGGCAGCCAAACUACUCUGUAAUAACAUUGUAGACUCCCUGAUUCUCGAUGUACAAAUGCCAUACACUAAAUAAUAAAAACUGUUACCUGUCACA